AUGUCUCAUUUACAAAAUAUUGCUGUGUUUGUGCCACAGGUUAGGCACAAGGCGUCUUUACCAACAUCAACCAAAAAGCGAACACGCAUUAAAGCUGCUGAUGUCUACUGGUGCAUUGACAAUGUAGUCAAUCUGUCUGUCCAAACAUUUGCGAUCACGUUCAAGCAUUGGGACUACCAGCAUUGCCAUUCGCAUUACAAUACAAUCUUGGACUCUAAUAUACCAGAAGAGCACAGAAGUCGACUUCAAGACGAAUUUGAAACAUGGCGAAAAACCAUAGACUGUACUGAGUUAUGGUUUAACCAAAGACAUGCCCAAGCUUUGGCAGAAGCACAUGACAACUGCUCAGAGGCUGCGAAUAAUCUUUUGAUUUCCAACACUCAAGAAAUCAAGUCAUCUGUGGUAAAAUAUCAUGUGCCUGAACCAGCGCCUGUAACCAUAACUUUGCAAGCACCUACUACACAAGUUGGCCACACAGACACGUCUGUCCCACCAGUCCUACCAACCAUAGGCACACCUGUAUUACAAUCACUAUCACCAUCAAUGACAGACACACUUGUCUUAACACCUAGCCAAGACAAGCUCGGUUCAUCAGCACCAGCGUCAGCAACUACUUCGACAGCAGACAUAAUGUAUCACUGA